AUGCUGAACUUAACAGAAAGCAACAAUCUGAGCAACACUUCUUUGUUGUAUCAUUUAAAACCAUUAAAUGAAAAGCCGUUGCUGGUGCAGGUUCUGGUGGGAAUACUUCUCUAUGUAAAUGGACUAAUGAUCUUCACAUUCCUGAAGAAAGAGGUCUUCUUGGAAGAAACACGUUACAUCUUAUUUGCUCAGACACUUUUUGUUGACUCUACUAAUAUGCUCUUAACUUGUUUAACCUUGACCGGAAGUGUUAAUCAAUAUCCAGUUCACAUUAUUCCAUGUUGUAUCUUCUGUACAGUUAUGUCUGUGCUCACUGUUUGUACUCCUGUGACUCUUGUAGCGAUGUGUUUGGAGCGCUAUGUGGCUAUAUGUUUGCCUUUAAGACACUCCAGCAUUUCAACACCCAAAAACACUUUAAUUGUACUUAUUGUGAUAUGGGCUGUCAGUUUUGUUUUACCACUGUUUGUACUUAUAGUGUUUCUUGUCUAUGCUUCACCUGUUGUCCUGCAAUCAUAUGUUGUCUGUAGUGUGGAGGUCCUGUUACGAGUAAACUGGCUGGCAGACACGAGGGCUGCAAGUCUACAGAUAUUAUUUAUCAUAAUGUUUUGUACUGUCAUCUCCACCUACAUUAAAAUUAUGACUGCAGCCCGAUCAGCCACAUCUGAAAACAAAAAGUCAUCUAAGGGUCUCAGAACUGUAAUUCUCCAUGGUAUUCAGCUAUUUCUAUGUAUGCUGCAGUUUAUAAUGCCUUAUAUAGAAACGCCUUUAUGGAAAGUAGAUUUAGUGGUGUUUUUUAAUGUAAAAUACUCAAAUUACAUUCUGUUUAUUAUCUCACCUCGUUGUCUGAGUCCACUAAUUUAUGGAUUAAGAGACAAGAAGUUUUCUAAUGCUCUGAAACAUUACGCCUUUUGCGGCAUUGCCAUGGACUGUAAUCGGCAUAAAAAUAGCGUUUUUCUCAUGAGCUGUGAAUUGUCAGUUAAUAAACUCAAUAUUGAGGAGAAGACUCAGCUGGCACAGGUGGUGCAAAGCAGCUUGUAUCCUAUCAGUGACAGUGAAUAUCUGUGGAGAUGCUUGGCUUUUCAAAGAGCUCACGCUUUCAGGAACGACAGCACGACCCCCUCGAUUAAACAACAGGUUCAUUCUUUGCUCUGCUGCUGA